AUGCUGGCCUACUUGGAUGUGAGUUACUGCGGCUUGAAUUACGUCGACGAUGAUGCCCUUGAACAUCUGAGCAACCUUCAUACUUUGGGGAUAAAUAAUAACCCCUGGAUAUGUGACUGUGCCUUGUUGGAAUUUUGUACUUGGAUACAGGAGUCUGCAAUUUUGCUUUCAAACCCUGACGACAUUGUCUGUGCUGAGCCCAGCUCCUUUCAGGGCCUUCAGCUGUUUGGGCGGGUGCAACACGAACUCCAUCACAGCUGCCUGGUGCACUUAGAAGCCCAUGAUUUUCUCAAUAUGGCUCUGAUUGCCUUCUGCAUAUUUUUUGGUGGAACUCUCGUGGCUGGGUUGGUUGGCAUAAGCACAGUGAUGUACUACCAUCCUACCAUGAAGACUGAUGAUAAUGAAGCUGAAAAUGAGGAAUACAGGAUGAUUUAG